GCGGCGGUGGCAGCUGCUGUGUCGGCUCCGGGCGGCCCCCGCGCCGCAGCCCGCGCCGUGUCCGCGCCGGAGCCGCCCAGGUGCCCACGAGGAUGGUGGCGCGGCCCUAGGCCCAGGCUGCCCACCAUGACCUGCUGGCUGCGCGUCCUGAGCCUGCAGCUCCUGCUCCUGCCCACGGCCCCGCCCCCGGCGGGGGGCUGCCCGGCCCGCUGCGAGUGCACCGCGACCACACGCGCAGUGGCUUGUGCGCGCCGCCGCCUGACCGCCGUCCCCGACGGCAUCCCGGCCGAGACGCGCCUGCUGGAGCUCAGCCACAACCGCAUCCGUUGCCUGAACCCGGGCGACCUGGCGGCCCUGCCGCGGCUGGAGGAGCUGGACCUGAGCGAGAACGCGAUCGCGCACGUGGAGCCGGGCGCCUUCGCCGACCUGCCGCGCCUGCGCGUCCUGCGCCUGCGCGGCAACCUGCUCCAGCUGCUCCCGCCCGGGGUCUUCACGCGCCUGGACAACCUCACGCUGCUGGACCUGAGCGAGAACAAGCUGGUCAUCCUGCUGGACUACACCUUCCAGGACCUGCGCGGCCUGCGCCGGCUCGAGGUGGGCGACAACGACCUGGUGUUCGUCUCGCGCCGGGCCUUCGCGGGGCUGCUGGCGCUGGAGGAGCUGACCCUGGAGCGCUGCAACCUCACGGCGCUGUCGGGCGAGGCGCUGGGCCACCUGCGCGGCCUGGGCGCGCUGCGCCUGCGGCACCUGCCCAUCGCCGCCCUGGAGGAGCAGAACUUCCGCAGGCUGCCCGCGCUGCUGCACCUGGAGAUCGACCACUGGCCGCUGCUGGAGGAGGUGGCCGCCGGCAGCCUGCAGGGGCUCAACCUGACCUCGCUGUCCGUCACGCACACCAACAUCUCCGCCGUGCCGGCCGCGGCGCUGCGCCACCAGGCGCACCUCACCUGCCUCAACCUGUCCCACAACCCCAUCCGCACGGUGCCGCGCGGGUCCUUCCGCGACCUGGUGCGCCUGCGCGAGCUGCACCUGGCCGGCGCGCUCCUGGCGGUGGUGGAGCCGCAGGCCUUCCUGGGGCUGCGGCAGAUCCGCCUGCUCAACCUCUCGGACAACCUGCUCUCCACGCUGGAGGAGAGCACCUUCCACUCGGUCAACACGCUGGAGACGCUGCGCGUGGACGGCAACCCGCUGGCCUGCGACUGUCGCCUGCUGUGGAUCGUGCAGCGCCGCAAGACCCUCAACUUCGACGGGCGGCUGCCCGCCUGCGCCACCCCGGCCGAGGUCCGCGGCGACGCGCUGCGCCACCUGCCCGACUCGGCGCUCUUCGAGUACUUCGUGUGCCGCAAGCCCAAGAUCCGCGAGCGGCGGCUGCAGCGCGUCACGGCCGCUGCGGGCGAGGACGUGCGCUUCCAGUGCCGCGCCGAGGGCGAGCCGGCGCCCACCGUGGCCUGGGUGACGCCGCGGCACCGCGCGGUGACCGUCGCCAACGCGGGGCGCGCGCGCGUGCUGCCCGGGGGCACCCUGGAGAUCCGGGAGGCGCGGCCGCAGGACAGCGGCACGUACACGUGCGUGGCCAGCAACGCGGGCGGCAACGACAGCUACUUCGCCACGCUGACGGUGCAGCCCGAGCCGGUGGCCAACCGGACCCCGGGCGAGGCCCGCAACGAGACGCAGGCGGCCGCCCGCUUCCCGCUGGACCUCACCGCCAUCCUGGUGUCCACUGCCAUGGGCUGCAUCACCUUCCUGGGCGUCGUCCUCUUCUGCUUCCUGCUGCUCUUCGUGUGGAGCCGCGGCCGCGGGCAGCACAAGAACAGCUUCUCGGUGGAGUAUUCCUUCCGCAAGGUGGACGGCCCGGCUGCAGCGGCCGGCCAGGGCGGCUCUCGCAAGUUCAACAUGAAGAUGAUCUGAGCGCCCGGGAGGACCGCGUUUCCCCGCGCCGGCCCCUCACCGGCCCUCUGGUGACCACCUGUGCAUUUCCAGGGGGGGUGGCUGCAGGCCAGCUCCUGGCAGGACUUCCCCUUUUUUUGUAGAGACCCAG